GAUGACUAUUCUGGUUGUACUGUCGUGUCAAUAGUUUUGUUUAUACUGUGAGUUAUGAUCGAUAAGCAAUCAAGUCGGUUGAUUUUAAUUUUUUGAUAUUUUAUAUUUUUAUAACAAUCCGUUUGAGAUAAAACUGUUUUGUUGAUUGCUCGUCGUGCACUCGAUUGUUUAUCAUCCUUUUGGUUUUUUGUAUACUACUCUUUCAGUUGUGAGUCGCCGUCCGUCCGUUAUUAACUGCUUUUUAAUCUGCUGAAAAAUGGCCCAAAAUUUCCAGAGCAUACCACUGGACAGUGUCGAAUCGGUAAUAAAUUAUAAAUUAUUAUUUAUGUGUUUUUAAAUUUGAUUAGGUUAUUUUGUAAAAACGAUAUUUACAAAUACUCGGUGACCAGCCGUUUCAUAAUAAAAGGAGCAAAAUCAGUUUGACAUUUCAGUUUUUACCAUAAAUUUUCAAAAUUCCUACUAAAACCAUUAUUGAGGUGUUUUUGGCCACAUUCGUUAUAUUAAAUGUAUUAUUUUUUUUAAAAUAAGUCAUUAAUUUUUGACUAAUUUUGUAAAAAAAAAUAUAUAAUAAUAAUUUAUUAAAAAUUAAAUAUUUCUACUGUGCUUUUAUUUGUUAAGAGUGUGAUAGAAAUUACUAAUAUUUAGACAUUCAUUUUUUUUCAACAAAAAAUAAUAAUUAAUAAGUUACAAGGAAACUGUGUAUACAAUGUGAUCAAUUCAUCUAUAACCCUGUUGAGUUCUUGAAGGGUGAAGUGAAUUUGAUAUCUGUUCUUUUUUUAAUCUUUUUUGGGAUUGUUAAUUUUUGAGAUUUUUGAAGUGGUUUUUGUUUAACCAUUAUUGUAUUAGUAUUUUUAAUGGUAAAAUAAUAUUAGUGUUAAACAUAUAAAUUUUUUUAGAACAAUGUUGUCUAUUCGAAUCUAUGUUUAAAAAAGGAGGGCUGUUAUUUGAAAAUCAAAAAUGUACACCUUCAUUUCCACCCAAUUCAUUAGGUAUAGGUUUUAGGUUUAAGUUUUAUAGUUGUAGGGGUAAUAUAUUGAAAAUAGUAUUAAAAUAAAUGUUAAAUGAUUCAAUAAUGAUUAGAUCACUCAGUAUGUUUUCAAACUUUCAGUGUAAAUCUUUAAAAUAAAUUAGCUGAAGUGUAUUUAUUUCUGUGCUUUAAUCAUGUCAAAAAUACGUUAUGGAUGUCAAAUAAUGAUUAUAAAUUCUGCAAUUUAUAUAAUGUUUACUUAGACAAGACAAAUUUUAUACCUAUAUUUUAAUAUAAAUAUUAUAUGUUAUUUGUUUGAUUGUCCUUAUUUCAUUAUAGGUACUUAAAAUAUGUUAUUUAUUAAUAGAUACUUAAAACUCUCACUGUUUGUCAUUGUUUUACUGGUGUUGAAUGGAUGUCCCCUAAGCCCGCUAGUUUUAUAAAUUUAAGAUGGAAAUAACCUACAAAAUAUUGUUAUCAACUACCUAGUUGUUUGCAUAAAAUACAAUUAAGUGUAUUAAGUGUAGAAAAAAUUAACAUCUAUAUAAAUUAAUCUGACUGGUUAGUCAUUGACAUAUAAAAAUAUUUUUUUUUUCACGUUAUUAUUUAUUUUUCUUAUCUUGAAAAUUAUUAGUAAUAUUAAUACUUAUAGUUUAUUGAAUUAUACAAAUUUAAAUGAUUUCCAAAUAAUUUAUUUAAUAUGUUUACAAUGCUAUAUGCAUUUAUUCGUUGAUUAUUCAUACAAAAUAUUUUCAUGAUUCAUUCCUAUGGUAUUUAUUAUUUUAUAACUAGACCUACUAUGAAAUGUUAAAAUUUAAGAUCCAUAAAUGUACACUUCAUGGUACCUUAAAACUACUUGCUAGUAUUAUAUUGAAAAUAAUAAUAAUAAUUGUUAUUAUUAUUAAUUUUAUUUAGCCUGAAUUAUGGUAUUUAGGUAUUUUAAAAAUUUAACAUCAGUUGGUAUAUCACUAAACAUUAAAUCCAUUUUAUCUUCGUAAUUUUCAUAAUAUUAUUGUACUUAAAAAUUUUGAAACACAAUAUUUACUUGAAAAGUUACAAAUAAUGAAAUAAAUCAACUAACUAUUGAAUAGUUUAUGCUAUUAACAAUAUUUCAAGUUAAGAGAUUUAGGGGAUAUCCAAUUGUUUUUGCAAAGUUAUUAUUGGAGUUUGUAGUUAAGAAUAUAAAUAUUCAAAUUUUGAUUUUCCCAUGGGUUUUCAUAGUUAAUGGAAAAAACCCGAAAAAAUGUAGGAAAAAUAGGAAAAUUUAUGAAUAUUUAAAUUUUAAAUAUUACAGCAUUUCAAAACAUGCAUAACCGAAUUCCACUUACAAUCAUUUUUUAUUAGCAAUAGUUAAUUGUUGCAUACAGAUAUCAGUACAUUUAAUUUCUCUUCUACCUUCCCAAUUUUUCACUUACAACAGUAGUCCUUGUAUAAUGUGAAGUAUGACUGUUUAUUUUUUUUUAAAUUGAGUGUCACUAUAUACGAGUAUUAAUUUAUAUAGUAUAAAGAAUAAGUUGUGGAACUAUAAAUUCUUGUAUAUUAUAAUUUAAUAAUUUAAUUAUCUAUACAAAUUUUUUUUUUUCAGCAAUGGGAAAUUUUGUUUAAUCGAGUGAGUAUAAGUUUUUCUUUUUUUUUUAAAUAAACUUUUUAUUUUGAUUCAUCAAUUGUAUUUUGUAUUAGUUUGACAGAAACCGUGAUGGAAAAAUAUCUGUUCAUGAUCUUUACCAUGUUUUAAAACAAGAAUCUGGUGAUCAAUACAAUGUUCCACCUAAAGUGUUGACAAUCAUUGCACAUAGAGCUGAUCAUGAUCAAGAUGGAUACAUUAAUUUUAGAGAGUUUUUAAAUUUAGUAAGUUUAGUUAUAUUCUUUAAUAUACAGUUAUUUCUAGAACUUUAACUUAAAUAUCAAUUUGUUUGGUUAGAUGGAAGAAGAGCCCAUUGCUAAAAAUUUAGGCAAAAGUAUACUUAACAAAUAUAUACAUUAUACAGUUGUACCAAGAGAACAUCAUCGUGUAAGGGCAGGGUUAAGAAGUGGACAAGAUCUUACUGAUGGUGAUUAUGAAGACCAAUACUCUUGCAACCCACCUGCAUUAUGUAUGAUAAUUGUUAGUCUUAUUGAAGUAAGUUAAUACUUUUAUACACAGUUAUUCAAACAAGUUUAAAAAUAACUAAAUAAAUAAUAUUAUUUUUAGUCAGAAAUUUGUAAAAUAAUAAAUUUGUUAUAAGGUUCUAAUUCACUGAUAAAAAUAGCCUUUAAAAAUGCUAUAGUGGUUUAUGUAUUUAAAAUCAUUAAUUGGUUUAAAUGUUGUACAACAAAAACUAAACAUAAAUACUUCAACAUAUUUGCAAUUAAAUAUACAAUAUUUAUUAUUUAUUUAUUUUAUUUCUAUUGUCUGUAUUCAAUUUUGAAAUUGAAAAAAAAAAUUGUUUUUAUCCCAGUAUUCAAUAGAGGUUAAGCCCUGAUUAAUUAUAAUAUUAUACAUUUUUUCAAUUCAUUGACUACUACUAAUUUAUUUGUAAUAUAAAAUAUAAAAACAUAUUCAUUAGUGAAAUUUGAUUGAGAUCUUACAAUUUUUAAUAUUACUAAUACAUAUUUAGUAUUCAACAACCUAGUAUUUUAUUAAGAUAUUGCCGAGUUAAUAAUUAUUGGCUACCAGUGGCAGAUGGGUUCCUUGUAAUUUGGUUUCAAGGCCUUAUUUUAUGUUUGUAUUUAUUUAAAAGCCCUAGAAUUCAGUUCCCCAAUAACAGAAAAUAGUCCUGAUAUAGAUUUUGUAAUUUGUUAUUUUUUUGAUAAUUAAUCUAUUUUUCUUAACUAUUCAUAUAACAUGAUUACAUCCAAAUUUAUUUUUAGUGACAAAAAAUGUUUUGUUUCACAUUAAAAUGAUACUAGUAUUACAAAUGUAAUGGCACUGGGUUGUAUACCAGUCUUAUUUAGUAUUCAGUACUGGUUUCAAGCUUAGAGUCUAAGUGAUAUUAUAAAAUCUAUAUAAUUAGCAAAUUACAAGUCAUAUUACAAUUUUUAGACUUAAUUUUUAUUUUUAAUAGGUAUUAUUUUUUUGUUGGGAUGUUUUGAAAUUAAAUACAACUGAGUCAAUUCAUGGACCUAUGGCAUCAACAUUUAUUUACAAUCCACAUCGUAGACGUGAAGUUUGGCGGUAUUUUACUUACAUGUUUGUACAUGUUGGGUAAGUUUAUAUUUAAAUAAAUAAUAGUUGUUAAACAUGUAAACUGGAGAUAAUAAUAAUAUUUCAUAUUACUGAUUUUAGAAACACUCACUUGGUAGUUAAUUUAAUAGUACAGUUGUUACUUGGAGUACCAUUAGAGAUGGUACAUCAUGGUUGGAGAGUACUUUUAAUUUAUUUGUCAGGUGUUUUAGCUGGUUCACUAGCUACUUCAGUGACAGAUCCUACAGUUUAUUUGGCUGGUGCUUCUGGAGGUGUUUAUGCUCUUAUAACAGCUCAUGUAGCUACUAUAAUUAUUGUAAGUUUAUUAAAAAGAUACAUCAUUAUAAAUGAUGAAAUUAGAAAAUAAAAGAGAAAAAAAUAUUUUUAAAUACAUGGUACAGGAUAAUGUUUUUAUUGCACCAACGUUAUUGAAAUAAAUUUUAAUUUACAAUGUGAUACAGUAAACAAAAUAUUCAUAUUAUAGAAUGCAUUAAUUGUAAUGAUAAUUUGUAUAUUAUACAUAAGCACAUUACCUGUUAUCUAUAUAAUUAUUUCUUAAUAGUUACUUAUUUAAUUUGAUUUCUUCUUAAAAAAAAGUUUUCAAAAUUGUACUGUGUUAAAUGUUUACAUUAAUUUUAUAGAAUUGGUCUGAAAUGGAUUUUGCGAUUUACCAAUUAUUAAUAUUUGGAUUUUUAAUAACAUUUGAUACUGGAUCAUCUAUUUACAAUCGCUAUUUUGUGAAUGUAGAUAAUCAGGUAUGUGAUUAACUGAUUAAUGGUAUAGUAUGAAAUAUUUUUUUAAUUUUAAUAUAGUUUUUAAAAAUGUUUGUCUAGAUUGGUUAUACUGCGCACUUGGCUGGUGCUAUUGCUGGCUUACUUGUUGGAGUCUAUACCUUGCGCAAUCUUAAUGUUCUCCCAUGGGAAAAAAAAUUGUGUUGGUUUUGUUUUAUAAUUUAUGUGCUGUUGAUAGGCUCAGCAGUAAUAUGGAAUGCAGUUUUUCUUGAAUAUUUUUGCAAAGAACAAUUUUAAUUAUUUAAUAUACUAUCUAUGGUAGUUCUGAUGAAAUGUUAUAAGAUCAGUCGUUAAGUACAAUUUUUAUACAAAUAUUUAUAAUUUUGGUUGUUUUUAAAAUAUAUGUAUAUAAAUUAAUUUUAUUUGACAAAUAGUUUUCAUAAAAUGUAUACGCUUAUGUUUUAUAGUAUUAUUGAAAAUUUAAUUGGUUUUUUUUUUCUAAAUUUUAUUUGUGACACAUUAAAUUUCACAUGAUUACAAGACUGCAAAUUAACUUUAUUUGUUAAUGUACAUUCAUACAUUUUAAAUCACUGAACUAUAUACUAGUAUAUAAUUCAGAGUUUAAGACACAUUUACAUUUAAUAUUUCCUAACACAUGUAUCCCACAAAGAAUAUAAUUUUAAAUAUGCCUAUUAUAAAUCAACAGUCAAUUUUUUAUUAUAAAAUAUAUAAAUAUUUAUUUUGAAGAAUUGAUUGCAAAUUUAUGUUUGUAUAACAUUUAUUUUUUUAAUUAUAAUAUUAUAUGAAUUCAAUUGUUACAAAUUAAAAAUGUUCCUUUGCUACAAUAAGUCUUAUAAACUAAACUAUUAAAUUGUAUUUUUUUUCUUAUGCCAUAUUUUAUUAUUUCUUGUAUACAUAUAAAUUAUAUUUAUAAUAUUUUUUUAUUUUUUAUUUUGCCAGGGUCAAAAAUAAUUUAAAUGGCUCUGUAAUAAUUUUAAGGAAAACAAUUAUGUAAACACUUUAUUUUUAUAAUUAUAAGCACAAUUAUUUUAUUAAGACAAUCAUAGUUCCAUAAUUUUGUAAAAAUACAAUAUUUUAUAUUUAUUAAUGCAUA